AUGGAUUCGACCGGCACGGCCCGUUUCCGCCUACUCUCUCUCCUCGUCCUCGUCGUUGCCCUCUGUCAAGCGUCGAGAGCCGGCGUCGUCGGUGGACAGUUCAACUAUGACAGACUUCCUAAAUAUCAGCCGGCCGAGGCCUUGUAUGCGGAUGUGGGCGUCAUCACUCUCGACCGUGACGCCUACGAACGAGGAGCGGUCCACUUCACGAGCCGCGCCACCAUACCUGUCGGUGUCGUCGACAAGGAAGACUUCUUGAAAAAAAUUGCCGUCGAGUUUCAGUAUUGCAGCGAGGAGUACUUUGAAGUGCUCAAAACGGCCGAGAGACAAGGUCAGCCCACGUCUCAGGCAGCUCGGAGCCUGUUCCGAACUCCCAACGCACCGGCUGUCGUCUCCGCCUUUCAUGACGGCAGAGCCGAUGAUUCCAUCGUUUACCUCGCCUCCUCCCAGAAGGGAGGGCACAAAGCGUCGGACGCCGUCAGAGGCCACCCUGAACUGAUGGCCGAGUGCGCCACGCACGGAUUUAAGGGAAAGUGCGCCGAGUUCAGCGCCAUCGAGGAGUUCUUAAAGGUCGACGAGGGCGGCCUGCUGAAGUACAAAAAUCUCGAAAAUUUCGGCGGCAAGGCCAUCAUGGUGGCAACCAAGCACCAUUCGUACACGGGAUCCAUCGAAAUCUUGCCUGCCUGCACCGGAGGUGCGGCGCCGUUGAAUCGAGCACUGACGCUCGAGACGUCCAAGAGAACCAGGGGAUGCGUCCACACUCUUGACGCCUACGGCAUCAAGCAACUGGCCGACGAGCCCGGCACCGUCUACAGGCUGCAGGCUGAUCGGAAGACGGUGUUGAAAUGCUCCGAAGCGAACGAAUCCGCCUGUAAGGAUUCUUACCGUGAUGAAGUCCCCGAGGGAGAGGUGACGCAGCCGACGGAGGGAAAAGAAGGGGCAAAGGAGAGUGAAAAUGUCUGGAAAAAGGAAUGGGAGCACUUCAAGGACGACAGCUCGUCAACGCAGGAGCAGAUGGAAGUGGAGCGACUAAUGGGGAAGGAGGCUACGAUGGACAAUGAAAGGGAAGGGAAUCGACCGAUGGAGAUGGAGGCCAAGUCGAGCAAAUCGACGGAUGACCAUGCCCUAGAAUCGAUGGCCGAGUGGCAGGCGGAAAGCUAUUUCCGCUCGACCAUGGAACAGCGCGGCUAUGAAAAGGUCUUGAAAGACAUGGGCCCCAUCUACGACAAACUCAGGGUCGGGUUCGACAGGGGCUCGAUACCACGCAUCACUCGCAUAAAGUCCAUGGCGGGCAAGAUUUCCUUGCUGGCCCCGGAAAUGGCCAUCAUCGGCUUGCCAUUUUUCGCUCUCAACAUCAAAAACACCUUUACGAACCCCAACUCGACAGGGUGGGACAAGGCGGCGGCAGUAACGGACAUCGUCCCCUUUCUCGGUUGCUUCGUUCACAUGGUCGCCGACAUCAAGCAUGAGCAGGAGAAGCAAGCGGAGCCGAUAAAGACGAUGAAGGUGGCGGCCGGAACGGCCCUCUGCAUUUUGGAUAACUUUCUCCCCAUCUCCAUGAUAUACGACAUGGGCAAAUCGCUUCCCAGCUUGGUGGGCUCGGAGAGCAAAUGCCAGCAAGGAGCUGGCGGCUUCGAAGCAAACCGGGAUAUCGCCUGGGACGUCGAAACGGGCGAUAUUGUCGCCCGGAUCCGCUCCGAUGCCGUCUUCAACGAUGUCAACCGCAUCUUUCAAUCGCACCAGGUCAGCACCAUCUUCCGGGCCUGCCAGCGAGCUGGCGACCUGCAGGCCUCCCUGCACCUGACGCAGGCGAUGGGUAACGAGACGAGCUUGACCAAGUCCGAUGUGGAAAUGACGUUGGCGGAACAAGUCGAUCGGGAGACGGAAGAGAACAAGGAACUCGUCAAGAAGGCCGUUCUGGCCAGAAUCCUCAACUCGACCCUGUCAGCAAGUCUCGAUUUCAACGCAAAGUUCAUUGGCCAAUACAAAGCCGAGUGCGAUGGGAUGAGGCUAAGUGAUAUUUUCAUGUUCGGUUUUGACAUUUCCGGGCAUGUUGCAGCACGCCAGAGGUUCAUCGACUGGCUUGAGCUGCAGAAACCGCUACCCCCAGACUUGCAACAAAAUCGGAUUGAAGGGGCGGUGAACGAGGUGAUUAUGCGACUGCCAUGA